GAACCUGAGGGUCCGCAUCGACCCCUCGCAGGGCCUUGGCCCACACGCUGUGCAGCUGCUUGCAGCUCGAGACAUAGAGGCCGGAGAAGAGCUUUGCUUCGACUACGGUGACAGCCAUCAGCUUGAUGAUCUCAGCUCGGACUCGGAUGACGAG